CAUAAACAAAACGAAGUUUUAUGCGAAACAUCAACGCGACAGUAUCGAGCAGAGAGUAUCGAGUUUACAACACCAAAUUUUAUCCUAGCACAAAUAAUUCGUGUUUUCAAACAAUAAUCGUACCAAAAAGGACCAAAUUGACUUCAAUAUGAGUUCAAUACAGUGCCAAUUAUGGAUGGGAAGUCUGGAGUCAUACAUGACGGAGAAUUUUAUCUUGGCGGCAUUCCGCAAAAUGGGCGAAGAUCCGCAAACGGUCAAACUGAUGAGAAACAAGUACACUGGUGACCCGGCAGGAUAUUGUUUCGUUAGUUUCAAAACGGACGAAGCGGCCAUCGAUGCCAUGCACAAACUGAACGGUAAACCGAUCCCCGGAACAAAUCCGCUGGUUCGCUUCCGGCUGAAUAGUGCAACCAACAAUCAAAAUAAAGCACUGCUGGCUGAUCGGGAAUUCAGCGUUUGGGUUGGGGACCUGAGCUCUGAUGUGGAUGAUUACAGUCUGUAUCGUGUAUUCUCCGCCAAGUACACCUCGAUCAAAACGGCCAAAGUAAUUUUGGAUAGCUCUGGUUUCUCGAAGGGUUAUGGAUUUGUUAAGUUUGGACUUGAGGACGAACAGAAAAGCGCCCUCUAUGAGAUGAACGGCUUUAUUGGACUGGGAAGCAAACCGCUGAAGAUUUGUAAUGCGGUGCCGAAACCUAAGAACGAGUUGGGUCUGCCAGGUCCGACAAGCUCAGCACCAAGCGCGGCGAGUAUUUUGGGUUACGGCGCUGCAGCCGAUUACUCCCAGUACUAUGAUCCGUCCGCUUAUUGGCAAAAUUACAGUGCCUGGCAAGGCUAUUAUGAUGCCGCUGGAACCGCGGAUUACGCUGCCUAUCAGAUGCCCGCGGCUACUGCCAGCGCAGUUGACGCUUCGGCUUAUCAAGCCUAUGAGCACCAACAACAACAGCAACAACACCACCACCACCACGCUCAUAGCCAGGUAGAAGACGAGGAACUGACGUUAGUGGACCAUAAAUUUACUCUUGAUGUCGAUAAAAUGAACCGUGAGGUGAUGGAGCGGGACCGUAAUCUUUAUGAUGCCCUGGAGAGUUCGAAGUGGAUGGCCGUGGAACAGCUAGAAAUUUUCUGAAUUUUAUCUAAUGAAUUCUCAAAUGCACUACUUUGUUUGCCUGCGAAUAAAAUUAAAAAAAAAAUAGUUUAC